GUGUAUCCGCCUAUCCGCUUGCGAUCAGCGGGUGGCAACCAUGCACAUAAUGGUUUUGUGUGGUUUGUCGGUAUAAUUAGAUUUUCAGCGGUCAUUGUGGAUUUUAUCGUAACACUGAAGUAACACAUUGGAGGGAGAAAGGAAAUAAUACAACUAGUCGAGUUAAAUAGCAAAUAGCAGUUUCCAGCUUUGUACAGUUUGUGGUUGGCUAGCCAGCUAAGUUCGGAAGAAGCUACGCAGUGUUACACAGCAAUGGAGCCAUCAGAAGGAUCCACCCCUGAUUCAGGAAGCCAGGAGGUAAACCCUGUCUACCUGCAGCAGCUACGGGAACUGGACAUUCCCGAAGAGGCUGCAAAGCAGGCAUUGCUGCACACCAGGAAUGUAUCCGCCGAGGAAGCUGCCAUGUAUUACUUCAACAAGCUGGAAAACGAGUACGAAGGUGAUGAGGAUCUGAUGUUCAAGAUGGUGUUUGUGGUGAACAUGGACCUAUCUAUGGGGGUGGGGAAGGUGGCUGCUCAGGUGGGUCAUGGCGCGGUGGGGCUGUACCAGGCCCUGCAGGAGAAGAACAGCUGGAGAGAGAUGGCUUGGAAGUGGGACCAUGCCGGGGCAAAGAAGGUGGUGGUUCAGGGCAGUAACAUGGCUCACCUCCUGGAGCUACAGGCUCUGGCCAUGAGUCUCAAUCUGCCCACGUACCUGGUGCAGGACGCUGGCAAGACUCAGGUGGAGGCUGGGUCACGCACUGUUCUGGCCAUUGUCGGGGAGGAAGAGAUGGUGAACAACGUGACAGGGAGCCUGAAGCUUCUCUGAGAGCCGGGAUGCCAGGUGUAUGACUGUGCAGGGCUGCAGACCGACCAGCAGAGGGCAGAAUCUGGUUACGGCAGAGGGAGUCCACGCGCAAUCGUUUAGAAAAAAGAAAAAAAAACGGGAAAUCAUAAGACACAGCCAUUUUUGUUCCGUUCCCUCUCUCAGCCAUCAACCGGAGGCAAAAGAAAAGCAAGCCAGCUUGACUCAUGAGAAAGGACCAAUUUUUACAACCAAACCAGGGUGGCUGCAUAUCAGAAAAAAUAAGUUUACAAAGAGACAGAAGCCAAAUUUUGUGGCAAGAAAGAAGCCCAGAAUAUAAUCAUUAAAUUAAAUAAGAAGUUGACAACAAUAAUGUAUCUCAUCCCUAGUCUCCUAAAUGCUGUUUCCCUUUAGCAGACUGAAAAACACUAUUCCCUGUAUAAUCUUGAUUGAUAAACCAGUGAGCAAAUUUAAAGCAGGAUCUUCCUGUUCAUUUUACAGUAAAGGUGACCCGUUGUUCUGCUGGGAUUGGUGUCAUUUCAAGGAAAAUAACGACAUGAUGACGCAUGUUAAUGCCCAUCCUUUAAAGAAGUACAGUGUCUUAACGUCCAGUUCUCAGUAUCCUGUUAUAGUCUUUGCUGAUUACAUUUUGUUUGGAGGAAGGAAAAAGUUACAUUCAAUCUGUUUCUUUACAGUUUUUGGACAUUGGGUUUGCUACAUUUUAUUUAUUUGUGCUUCUGAAACCUUGCAAAUGUUUGUGCUUUGGAAAUUUUUCAUGCUGUACAAUCCUAUUUGACACCACAAAGAUCUACGGUUAUUACAUAUAACGGGAGGGGUUGUUGAAAUUGCUGUUUUAGUUCAGUUUACAGAACAGAUGUGUAACUUCACAUGAUCUUGAUGUGAGUGGAAGACAUUGUUUUGAUACCUGAAAGGACUCCAGUCAUCCUGCAUGAACCCAGAUGGUGCAUAAAGACUAUACACUCUUGCAUCUUUACAAGAUUUUUAUGCAAGCGAAUGGAGUACUUCCUGGAGUUGUAAAUAAGUAGCUAACAUACAAAAUGCAAGUAUCAUUUAUCUUCUGCCAUUUUGUUACUUUCUAUAGCCACCUCUUUGUGCUUAAGUGACCAUUUUAAUGGGUAUUGUGGAAAGAUUGUUACAUCUGAAAACAAAUUAUUCUACAAUAUAAAGUGCUGCACUGAUAUGCAGGAAAAAUUAAUUUUUAAAUGUCCAAAGGUCUUUGUUGCAAGUGAUGGAAAAAAUGAACUAGUGAAAUGUUUGGCAAUUUAUGUUUAAACAGGAGUGACCUGAAUGUUUGUUUUUCAUGAUUAAAUGUCUGGAGUCAUUUCCAGUC